GAUCCGCUGCGCACCAGCCCGGACCCUGAGCCCAGCAGCACGGACCUGAGCGCGGCACACAGUUAUGACCGUGGCUCUCUGGCCGCCUGGAUUAAUCCUGUGGUAAAGCCGCCGUUUGUCGCGCUCCGUGCCUCCACCCAGCACCGCGCACACUCAACCACCAAAUUUGUUCCACGGCCAUGGGGAGCAUCGUGUCAGUUUUGACUUGGCUGCUGAGGGGCUGAGUCGAGUUUUGAGGCGGACAGCAGGUGGAUUUAUGGUCCGCAAAAUCCAAACGACCAACCGAAGGAAAUGAGUGGAAGUUUGCGCUCCGGUAGGAUGCAGAUGACGUGUUGGUGCGCCGUGCUCUUCUUGACGCUCGCACUUUGUCUGGUUACAAGUGCCCACAGCUCAAAAUCUGACAUUGUUAAGUCCGGAAGUCCCAAAUCUAUGCUUAAGCAUAUAUGGACAGAAAACGUAAAGGACAUGUCCAUCAGCAGGCUGCUGUCACAGACUCUGCAUGGCAAAGAGAACAGCACAGCCUUGGACCUACGCUAUGAUACUCCAGAGCCAUACUCUGAGCAGGACCUGUGGGACUGGCUGAGGAACUCUACAGAUCUGCAAGACUCAAGGCCACGGGCCAAACGGCGGCCCAUGGUCAAGACAGGGAAGUUCAAAAAGAUGUUUGGCUGGGGGGACUUCCACUCCAACAUCAAGACGGUCAAACUGAACCUUUUGAUCACUGGUAAGAUUGUGGAUCAUGGCAAUGGCACCUUCAGUGUCUACUUCCGCCACAACUCCACAGGCCAGGGUAACGUGUCUGUAAGUUUGGUUCCUCCCACCAAGAUAGUGGAGUUUGAUGUGGCGGCACAGCAGUCUGUCAUUGAUGCUAAGGACUCAAAGUCCUUCAACUGCCGCAUAGAGUAUGAAAAGGUAGAGAAGGGUGCUAAGAACACACUCUGCAACUUUGAUCCAUCCAAGACCUGCUACCAGGAGCAGACCCAGAGCCACGUCUCCUGGCUAUGCUCCAAACCUUUCAAAGUCAUCUGCAUCUUCAUCUCUUUCUACAGCACCGACUACAAACUUGUGCAGAAAGUGUGUCCAGACUACAACUACCACAGUGACACUCCCUAUUUCCCCUCUGGCUGAUAGCACAAUGCUGCACAGUGGACGUUUGCAGUGCAGUCUGGGGCUUCAGCCGACUGCAGACGAAAGUGUUCUGUCCUUAAACAUAUCUAGAGUGUCAGGCAAACCAACUGAUUCCCCCAGUCAGUGUUUAACAAUUCAGAAUUUUUCAAACAGGUCAGUUCAUGUUAAGUAUUCAUAGAGGUGAUGUGUAG